CGAUGCUAUAGAAUGGAAACACCCCUCUUUCCCAGUUCUUAUCCCCCCUACCCACGGCCCGUGGGUCUCAAGAUAGGAUUUCAACUUCAAACACCGUACAAUCCAAUAAUCCUAAUCAAGCUUACUCACAUGAUUUUCAUUAACAAUUAUUAGAUAUGAUGCCCUCUGAAGUCUUUAAAUAUUGAUAAAGUCACUUAUAUACCUGCACAAUUUCAGUUCUAUUCGAAUAUUUGAUAUAUAAUGAGAUGUUUCUAUGCCAUGUUGAUAACGRCUUUCGUAGCUUUUCUUUGGUUGGAUAAAACAUGUUUUGGAGUACAGUACGGGACAACAAAAGAUCAGUCAGCGUCAAAACGACAAUAUCUGUUUCGCAAUAUGGCCAACAUGUUUUCACCAUUAGGAUAUCGUAGCCAAUUUUCUUCGACGGAUGAGGUAGAAGAGUGCAAUGUAAACAAAGCAUGUCUYGCUGACCAGUUCUGUGAUUUCCACGUGUGUCGAUCAUGUCUUCGAGAAAAUCUUGCUUGCCACUUUAUAGGUACAUGUUGUAAGGGGCUUGCGUGUCAGUACGGUCGAUGCACCAAGAAUGUCCAACAGGGUUCACCAGGCACGUACUGUGAUAAAGCGUCAGACUGUGAUUCUAGCAGCUGCUGUAUCCGAGAGAUUUCUGUUAACCCAAAGACAUCCGUGUGUAAGCCAAUGCUUGACGAAUAUGAGUCUUGUGGUCCAAUUAAUCUUUUUCGACAAAUCUACAAUGGAGGAAAAGUAGAGCCUGCAUGCGGACCUUGCAAACCUGGACUCCAAUGUAAAAAUGUUGGAACCAUUGGUCUUCAUUUCGUGUGUCUGAAAGAGGAGGAAACAUAAAAUUUGGAGCGAUUUGGAUACAUAUCUCCACAAUUACCUCGUUUCUCUGUUAUUUUGGAAGGACAUUUGCUAGUUGAAUAUUUGUACAUGUCAAGAUACUCACAAUAUUACUGCACUUCCCAUGUGGUCAUAUAGACAUUCUAACUCACAGAGAGCUAAUCAGACCUAUCUCAAUUGUUCUAUGGCAUAAUUACGAACAUCAAAACAUAUUAUUGCUUUGAAGCUAAGAAUUAUGGUUGCCWGAGGGKGAUAGAAUGACUGCAUAUCAAAGAAAAUGUCGUUGAGAACAUCGUAAAUACAUAGUAUAUAUCUUAGUGUAGUAAGCUACUGAAAUUGAAGCAGUGUGUUUAUCAAAAAACAAGACGAAUACGAUUGUAGUUAAUAAUUUAUUAUAAGAACGCAAAAUAGUUUUACUUUUAAAUACAGAAGAGAAGUUCUAUAUAACCGUCAUAUAUAGGAUACUGCCUAAUUAUUCCAUGUUACAACCAGGAAAUGCCAUUCAGUGCCAAUGAUUAUUGCAAGUGUUCAAAAUGAAAAGGAAAAAWAMCGCUCCAAAGGCUUUGUAUAUUACAGGUUCAAUACCUAGGACUUCGAUAUCAUAUAAGAAUGGUAAAACAGCUAAGGUUUUGAAAUGAU